AUGGCUGAUACUAACAUUGACAUAGAUGAUAUACCUUACAGCGCACCACCUAGUGAGGAGGGACAUGACUUCAGCCAUGAGGGCGGAGAGCAUGAGGCUUUUGAAGGAUUGGCUCAGCAGAUGGCAGAUCUCUCAGGAUGCUGCUAUGUGGAUUCGCGCACUCAUACUGAUCGUAUAGGACUUCAAAAUGAACAUUGGGGUGUUCAAAUUGAGCAUCUGGUCAGCACGUACCUUGACUAUCGCACCCAGGAUGGUGGCAAUGGUAUGCCAAGCUUUCUGCCUUCAGGUGAACCCACCCUGGAUGGCUGCUCUCCAUUAUUUCCCACUGUCACCAUCUCCAUCCGCACACUUGCAGUAUAUCGGCAGGUUCACCGAACUUGUCCCCAAUUCAGCAUUCAGGCACAAUGCAAGGCAUUAUGUCAUCUCCAUAAUUUUUCAGACACUUAUGACAUUUAUCUCGAAAUCUUGCAUCACAUUGAUGUCCUUAUCAACCAAGCACUUAACCGCAACUCACCCAACUGGCGUCUCCUGAACUCCUGCCCAUGUUGCUUCUACAAGCUAGAGGAUGAAGAAAAUAUGGCUCUGGAGUGGCUGGUGACUAUGGAUGGCAACAAUAGCUUAAAAUGA